ACAAAAUGGAAGAUGCUUCAAAACCCAGAGCAAUCAGGAAAGCCAGCCUUGAAUUCAACUCUAAGAACUACACUAAAUUUGAAAGUUCACCUGAUGUGGAAGACUCUAAUCAAGGAGAAUUAGAGAUAGAUGCUAGUCUCAAGAACGAAAUUUACCUCGAAAAACAACCGAAAGGAACCUUCAGAAUCGUAAAAAUGGGCAACUGAUAUGCAACAGCUUUUUAACAAAAAUGGAGAUCCGUGGAUCACGCUUGGGCCUAACUACGUAUUCACCAUCAUCCUAUACCUAUUUUUGGCAGGGCUUUCAGUUGUAUUGAUGAUUAUCAUUUCUCAAGCGAAGAAGGAGUUUUGGUUUUUUAAGAUAAUAGCAAUCGUGUUGAUAUUCCUUGCUUUUCUCAGCCUCUCCCUAACAGUGUUCAUAAAUCCAGGACAUCCGUCAAAAUCCAAUGAAAAAUACCAAAUCCCUCAUGAUCAAGUAUGCAGAUAUUGAAAUGUGCCAAAAUCAAAGUCAAGAAGGAUCUAUCACUGUGAUAUUUGUAAUUUAUGAGUAGAGGAUUAUGACCAUCAUUGCCCAUGGAUGGGUAAAUGUAUUGGAGGAGGUAACAUCAUCCAGUUUUAUCUCUUCCUCUUCUCUCUCUGCUUCGUAUUAUUCGCUACCUUCCUCAGCUCAUCGUUGAUUUUGAAACCAAGGAAGAACAAAGUAAAGGACGAUUAAUCAAAAAAGUAAUCUUUCAAUUACAAAAAUACAAA